AUGUGUGUACAGCCGAGAACGUUAGCAUUCUUCCCAAAGAUAAAAACUAUCGAAAAAGUCUCGGAAGAGGAUACUAAAGCGGAGAAAAGGAAGGAGUAUGAUGAGAAAAUGGAAGAGGGGAAGGAGGAGAAGGAGAUGGAUGAUAAUGGGAAACCAGCAAGAGCAAAAGAAAGAAGGAUGGGGAAUGAGCCUGAGCAGCAAGAGGCGGAGGACUACAAGGAGUAG